UAUACGUCUCCAAAUAUCAGUGACGGCAUCCUUAUUGAUCAUUGUUCAACAUGAAAAGAAAGAAGAUAGGUUUUUACAAAUCGCCAUUCCUCCUCACUAAGAUUAGGAGGAAGAAAACUUGUACGAAUUCUGAUUUUUAUUUACCCGAUGACUGCUGGGAGCAUGUGUUCACAUUCAUCCAUAACCAUAACCGCGACUUCAACUCUCUAUCACUCGUCUCUAAACAGUUCCUCUCCAUCACCAACCGACUCUUAUUAUCUCUCAGAAUUUGCGAUCCAAAACUUUGCUUUCUCCGCCGUAUCUUUCAUAGAUUCUCCAACCUUAAUUUGCUUCACCUCCGGUUCAACUUUCAUGAUAUGGAUGCAGACAUUGCUUUGGCACUCCGUCACAUACCAACUUUGAAAUCUUUAUUUAUUUCCGGUAUUCACCUCAAGUAUGAAAGCUAUGUUGCUUCAUUGUUGGUUGAUUCAUUAGUCUGUUUGAACGGUUUGAUUAGUCUUAAAUUCCAGGGCUCGCAAUUAUCAGAUGAUUUUCUCCACUCUAUUGCAAGGGAAGCUCUUCCUUUGAAGAGGUUUGUCGUCAAAUAUUGCACCGACUAUACUUACAGUGGAAUUUAUUGCUUGUUAUCCAAGUGUCAGACUAUACAACAUCUAGGUCUUGGUCAUAAUAAUUUUCUUGAAGAUCAUCAUGUUGCCGAAUUGUCUUUGCUCCUUCCUCAUUUGGUUUCUAUAAAUCUUAGUCAAUGUUCCAAGCUCACAGAAUCGGCCUUGUAUUCCCUUAUUAGAAACUGUCAUUCACUUGAAGAGAUUACAAUGAAAGAAUUGGAUUUUCGGAAUUUGGUUUCUUUUAAGGAUUUUGAUGUCAACCCUCGGUUGAAGUUGAAGUCUCUGUGUUUGGCUUAUAGUUCAUUUAUAAACGAAGACAACCUCAUAUUGGUUGCUUCCAUUUUACCUGAGUUACAGCUUCUUGAUUUGAGUGAUUGUGAUGGCAUAUCGGAAAAAGGUAUUUGUCAAGUUUUAAGUAGAUGUUGUAAAAUUAAAAAUUUGAAAUUGGCCGACUGUAUUGAAUUGAGAGGACUUAAAAUGAACUUUGUAGUUCAUCAAUUGGAGCUGUUGGACUUGUCAGGUACACUCGUUAAUGAUAAAACACUCUAUGAGAUCUCCAAGAGUUGUCCUGGACUUUUGCAACUAUUACUAAGAUGUUGUUAUUAUGUCACAAAAAAAGGAGUGAUGUGCGUGGUUGAAAGCUGCACACAACUGAAGGAGAUUGAUUUGACAAAUUGUUCUGAUGUGCAUGCUGAUGUUGUCUCAAUGGUUUCAUCAAGGCCAUCAUUAAAACAAAGAUGCGGCUCCAUCUCAUUUUUGUUUUAAUGACCUAAAGAGAAAACUCUUUUCGUUAGCUUUAGGGAUGUUUCGUUAACUAGUUAUGAUGAAUGUCUUAUUUGAAAAGUUUUAAGUAUUAAAUAUAAUAUGUUUUUUGUUUUUAGAUAUAUUG